AUGGCUGCUCACACUCUCCCCGCACAGAUUCCGUCACGGUCGGGGUCCGUCAGCGAGACUUCCUCCGACUUUCCUCCCCAAUUCUCCUUCGCCAACUUCAUCCGCAUCCGGCCGCCGCGGCACCGCACGCUCUCUUUGAGCACGACCAUCGAACAAUUCCCCAAACAAUCCCUCGGUCGCCGUUCGUCGCUACUCAAAAAGCUGGCGGGCCCACGGGAGAACGCGAAGCGAUUCCUGCGCCUGCGGUCGUCGGGAAUCCACCCGCCGACGCCGCCCCCGCAACCACGCCAGCGCCCCAACCCGCGCUGUAGUGGCGCCCGGCCGGUCUCUGAGAUCAUCAUCUCGCCCACCCGGUUGACCCGAGACGAUUCUGCCGCACUGGACCAGGCCGACAUGCGUUCGGAUUCCUCCGCGAUGGCUACCACCGAUGUUUUACCCCGAAUGAUCCCCGAACCCUCCUUCACGACCCCCGAGUUGUCCACCCCGUUUCCGCCGCUACGUAAUGAGAAGAUCGUCGCGACAGGCAGUGGGCUGACAGUGGGGAUUGCCUUGACCGAACCGGUUCUGUACCUCCAAGGCUACGACCACCACGAUCCGACUACGAAAAAGUCCGCCAUCUUGCGAGGACAAAUACAUCUGAAGGUCACCAAAUGUGUCAAGAUCAAGAAGAUCUCCAUCUGCUUCCGGGGACAUGCCCAGACAGAUUGGCCAGAUGGCAUCCCCCCUAAAAAGAUUCAUUUUCACGACAAGAAAGAUCUCUUCACGCACGGUGUCAUCUAUUUCAACCAUGGCGAUACUGCGCUGAUGCAGAACGAUUACGGGGCACACUACUACCAACAUGCGAAACCGGUCUCCCCAGUCCCGGGUAAGGACGGCGUGACGGCCACAACUCGCGAGCUGUUUUCCAAGAGCGGCUCCAAUACCUCUCUAGGCCCGAUCUCGGGCAAAGAUGCUAAGCGCCUCUCCAUCCAAACGACCCGAGGCCAUUCGCGGAGUUUCAGCCGGAAUGAGCCCCCUGUGACUCCGCAGAAUCAAACCCAACGCAACUACCGCAUGUUCCCUGUCGGCGAUUAUCUUUACAGCUUCGAGUUUCCCAUCGACGGUUCCCUUCCCGAGACGAUCAAAACCGAUCUCGGCUUCGUCCGUUACGACCUGGAAGCCAUCGUGGAACGAUCUGGAGCCUUCCGACCCAAUCUCCUCGGCACCAUGGAAAUCCCCGUAAUUCGGACCCCAGCCGAAGGCUCGUUGGAGCAGGUGGAGCCUAUCGCCAUUUCACGGAACUGGGAGGACCAGCUCCAUUACGAUAUCGUCAUCUCAGGCAAAUCGUUCCCGCUGGGCUCACAAAUUCCGAUUGCCUUUAAGUUAACUCCGUUGGCGAAGGUGGAAUGUCACCGCAUCAAGGUCUAUGUCACUGAGAAUAUCCAGCACUGGACGGCUGACAAGAGCGUACAUCGGCUGCAGCCGGCGAAGAAGGUGCUGCUGUUCGAGAAGCGCGCCGAGUCCGCCAGCACCAGCACGUAUCCCGGUAGUUCCAUGCGCAUCACGGCGGGUGGUGGGAUCGAUUGGGACCUGCGUGCAGCGGCAGCGCGCGGAGAGGAGAUUGUCGACCGUACGCGCACCAAUUUGCUCGGCAAUCUGUCCAACGAUUCCUCGGGCGUUGGUCCCACGGAAAUGGAGUUCAAUGUACAGUUACCGAGUUGUCACGAAAUGAGGGGCCGAGAUGAGGCACAGCGCUUGCACUUUGAUACCACGUACGAAAACAUCCAGAUCAACCAUUGGAUCAAGAUCGUCCUCCGUCUUUCCAAGGUUGACGAACGAGAUCCGACCAAGCGCCGCCACUUCGAGAUCUCCAUCGACUCUCCAUUCCACAUCCUUUCUUGCAAAGCCACACAGGCAAACAUCUAUCUCCCAGCCUAUACCCACCCCGCCACUGACCCUGAUCCCCCCGCACAAGAGUUCGAGUGCGGCUGUCCCGGCGCACCCCUCGCAUCCCGUGAAUACUCGCUCGCUCAAUCUAGCUCCGACCGCGAAGACUCCACCUCAAAUCUUCAUCGGCGUGGCUCCACAAGCCGCGUCGUCUCGCGCAGCUUCACUAACGGCUCGGGUGGCCUGGCCCGGCCGCCACAGGCCCAUCUCGCCCAUGAACCAAGCGAUCGGGAAGUGCCCCGCCCGAUGCAUCUUCUCCGCACACCCUCAUUUGCGCCUCCUGCCUUUGAAGACGUGCCUCCGCCCCCGCCUCUUGUUACUCCCCCACCUGAGUAUACCUCAAUUGUGGGUGACAACGACCGGGAGGCUGUAUUGGAGGACUACUUUUCUCGGUUAUCUUACUACGAGGAACAAGAUGAUGACCGGGGUCUAGGCCGCGUGGACGUUCCUCUGACACCGGGCGGGCGUGUCAACCGGAGUAUGGAUGUUCCACGAGAGUGGGUACGCAUUGAGGACUUCACUGCGUCAUGA